AUGCAAGUCUCUUGUGAUUGUGACCCGGCACAACGGACACACGACGCGGACGACCGUCUUCAAGCACUCGCAGAGCUCGAUAGAUAUUGUGCCGAGCCAGUCAUAGAGAACGGCAUCGAGGAUGGACUGGAUUUGCUGUGGUAUUGGCAGACCAAACGAUACGAGUACCCCCUCCUGUAUCGCAUCGCACUCGAUAUUCUACCCGCACAGGCAUCAUCAGUCAGCUGCGAGAGAUUCUUCUCAUCCGCCAAAGAAACUGACACCCUUCGCCGCAAUCGUCUCUCUCCCGAACUGAUGGAAGUCCUGCAGUUCCUCAAGAGCUACUACCGCCGGGAGUCCCUCUCCUUCACAGAAGAUUUUGUUGCCCGUCCCGAGGACUAUGCUAUAGAAGGCCCUCUGACUGAAUAUGCUUACAACGAGCUACGAAAUGUGGGCCCUGAGGGAGCUGACGAACUGCGAUUCUUACUCGCAGACAGCACGGAAUCAUCUCAUACGUAG